CUAUGCGUGCACUUCCCCCCACGCUCCUUCGUAGAUCAUAAUUUCACCACUCCUUUUAGAUUCAUGAUUUUUUAUUCCUUAUGAUUUUUAUUCUUUCCUGGAAACUGCAAAGCAAGAAUCUGAAUAAAUAAAAUAAAGACAAAAGGAGAAAAAAUAAUGGCAUGGUCUCCAUUUCCUUCAUCUUCUUCUUCUUCUUCCAGUGCUCUAUGCUGUUCACUCACUAGUACUCCUCGCCUUAAUCCAACAAAUUCCCUUUGCAAAUCCACCCCUUUACUUCAUACUUUGCUGCAUCACCACUUAAUUAUCCACAGACGAAAUGGGUCUCUUCAAUCCACCCCACUACCACUAUCGCCAUUCCCACAUAAACUUUCUUCCAAGAAUCAUCUCUAUCUCAGCUCCCGCAGCAAAAAGUUCAUUUCCUGCUCGAAAACAAAGGCCACUGAAUCCGGGGUUGAAGAGAAAUCAUCAUCAUCAGAAGAAGAACUAGAAUGUGUAGGCACAGGGCUAAACGUGGAGUGUGUAGUGAACCCUUCUGAUGAAUUGUCUAAAGACUCAAACUUUACGUUUCAAAAUGUGGAAAAAAAUGAUGGGGUGUGGUCAAUUGAGUUGCUUGGGACAAUAUGGGAAUGGGGAUUGUUAAUUUCGCCUUUCUUCUUUUGGGGUACAGCUAUGGUGGCAAUGAAGGAGGUUCUGCCAAAGACUGGCCCUUUUUUCGUUUCAGCAUUUAGAUUAAUUCCAGCUGGUUUAAUGUUGGUUGCUUUUGCUGCUUUAAGGGGUAGGAAUUUCCCCUCUGGAUUUAAUGCGUGGCUUUCUAUUACACUCUUUGCGCUAGUCGAUGCUGCUUGUUUUCAGGGAUUUCUUGCAGAAGGACUUCAGAGGACAUCUGCUGGCUUAGGCAGUGUGAUAAUAGAUUCACAGCCUCUGACAGUGGCUGUGCUUGCAACUUUGUUAUUUGGUGAGUCCAUAGGUUUUGUUGGAGCUGCAGGUCUUGUGCUCGGGGUGGUAGGCCUUUUACUGCUUGAGGUACCUGCUAUUUCGGUUGAUAAUAGCAACUUUUCACUAUGGGGAAGUGGAGAGUGGUGGAUGCUUCUUGCAGCACAAAGCAUGGCUGUUGGCACAGUAAUGGUCCGUUGGGUUUCUAAAUACUCAGACCCAAUCAUGGCUACUGGAUGGCACAUGGUUAUUGGUGGACUCCCUCUGGUGGCUAUCUCCAUUCUCAAUCAUGAUCCUGUCCUUAGUGGGAAUUCUAUGGAGCUAACAGCAACUGACUUGUUGGCUUUGCUUUAUACCUCAAUCUUUGGAAGUGCCAUAAGCUAUGGCGUCUACUUCUACAAUGCAACAAGAGGUAGCCUGACAAAGCUCAGCUCCCUUACCUUUUUAACUCCAAUGUUUGCUUCAAUUUUUGGGUUCCUAUAUCUAGAUGAGACAUUCACACCCGUGCAACUAGGUGGAGCAUUUGUCACGGUGGCUGCAAUUUACUUGGUUAACUACAAAAGUGAUGCCAAAUGAUAUAGUCAAGGGAUGAGUAAUCCUCCUUGUGUUGGAGAGAGAAGAACCCUCAGCAGCUUAAUUACUCUAUCGCAGAAAAGAAAUACACUGUAUAGAAAAGAUAUCAAGAUUAUAUCAAGCCCCUGCAAGAGCGCACACACAUGUUAAUAUGCAAGCUGGAACUUGCUUGGAGGUGGUUUCCCAACCCAACUGUAUACCAUAAUAACAUGAAGCGUGAGCUUCAAGAUGUGUAUUAUACUCAUUAGGUGUAGACAAAACUUUUCUUGGAUAAAAUGUCCAGGACUAAAGCGUUUGAUACUGUUAGAUUCAUGUAGAGAAUUCUCGCUGCUACCACAGCAUCAAGUUUAUCUCAGUAUCAAGUUUGAAAUCUGUAUAAAUGUGAAA